CCCCUGAACGGCGCUUCCUGUCUCCGCACCUUCACCACUUCAGCAGCCAGCCUCCAGUCUCUCAGCCACGGCUGAAGGGGGAGGAGCAGGCGGCGGCGGAGGCUCUUCUCCGCUCCCAUGUUGACGUUUGCGAGGGUGGCAUUGCUGCGUGUGGACGGCGGAUUGACGGAGGGUCGUCGAGUGGCCAGCCCAAGACGCGUUAUUGUGGGAAAGCUGCAACUUUUGUUCCUCCCCUCCGAAUACGAAGCUGAAUGUCGAAAUUUUUAGGCUGAUGUCUCUUCGAUUAUUCGCCGUGAACCGCUUUGCCGUAUGCCUGUGAGCCUCACGUUGGACUCGUCUUUCCUGACUGACUGCCAGUCCGGGAUGCUGGAGCUCGUCUGAGGGCGCUUUCCCUGGAUUUCUCCUUCCCGACAACGUAGACGAACGACGAAGUUGUUUCCCUCGGUGUGACGAGACCCUUUUCUAACUCAUUUGUUCACCCCUAAACUUCCAAAAAUGGUCUUCUUCGCUUUGGCUCGAAACAAACCGGGAUAACGACGGGAGACGCGUACGCGACAACACCCCAUUACCAACGACGGCCACUGUUACUUCCCCCCCCGAGGCUGCCCUGGCUCUGGAUUUAUUCAUUUUAAUCUACUGCAAUUAAUGCAUCUUGGGGAGUCCAUGAGAGAGUGCGAGUACAGCCAAAUCAGCACUCGCAGCUCUACGCCAAUGGAGACCCCUUACAAGAGCAGGACCCCGAAGAGGAAGAAAUGGGAGGCCUUCCCAGGUCGGAAUAAAUUUUACUGUGAUGGGAGGAUUAUGAUGGCCAAACAGACUGGGGUUUUCUACCUCACCCUGGUCCUCAUCCUUGUAACCUGUGGACUGUUUUUCACCUUUGAUUGUCAAUUCCUGGCACAGGAGUUGUCCCCCAUCAUCCCGGUCAUAGGAGGAGCUCUGUUUUUGUUUGUUCUGGGGACUCUACUGAGAACCAGCUUCAGUGACCCCGGCGUCCUGCCAAGGGCCACCCCUGAUGAGGCUGCGGACUUGGAGAGGCAAAUAGAUGUGGCUAACGGCAGCACAGGCUACAGGCCUCCCCCCAGGACCAAGGAGGUUGUCAUCAAUGGCCAGACAGUCAAGUUGAAGUAUUGCUUCACGUGCAAAAUCUUCAGACCACCACGUGCCUCCCACUGCAGCCUCUGUGACAACUGUGUGGAGCGUUUUGACCACCACUGUCCCUGGGUGGGGAACUGUGUGGGAAGGAGGAACUACCGUUUCUUCUACAUGUUCAUCCUCUCUCUCUCCUUCCUCACCAUCUUCAUCUUCGCCUUUGUCAUCACACACAUAAUUUUAAAUUCACGUCGACAAGGGUUCCUCGUUGCACUCAAAGAUAGUCCUGCAAGUGUACUGGAGGUGGUGGUGUGUUUCUUCUCUGUCUGGUCCAUUGUGGGCCUCUCAGGCUUCCAUACCUACCUGAUCAGCUCCAAUCAGACCACCAACGAAGAUAUAAAAGGUUCGUGGUCUUCUAAAAGGGGAAAGGACAACUACAACCCUUACAGCUAUGGCAAUAUAUUCACCAACUGCUGUGCAGCGCUUUGUGGACCCCUGCCACCAAGUCUCAUUGACAGACGAGGUUUUGUCGAAGCAGACGCUCCACAGCUGGCCCCUCCGACCAACGGCAUCAUCAUGUACGGUGCCACCCAGUCCCAGCAAAGCCAGAUGUGUGAUCAAGACCAGUGCAUUCAGAGCACCAAAUUCGUUUUGCAGGCUGCCGCUACCCCCCUCCUCCCGCAGCAGAGCAGUGAGCCGGUCAUCAUAACGUCUUCGCCUGAAAACGGGACGUCGCUGCCCACCCGCGCCUCCCUCACCCUGGGCGGCCCGUGCACCUCGUUCCCCCUCGGCCAGCCUACCCCGCCGACGUCCACGCCCAGCCUAAGCUGCCACGAGGCCGCCGACAUGCUGCCUAUCCACGGACACACACUAAACCACACGCACCCCCUCCAGGAGCAGGCAGCCCACCACCACUAUCUCACCCCAGAGGAGGUACCCUCACCUCCAGGUAUGCUUCACUGCGGCAGCCCGCUGGGCCACAGCCACACGGUGCAGGCCAGUUUCUACAACCCUGCCAGCCAAGACUCGCUACACGAGGACUCAGUGAGGGGGCUGGUGAAGCUCAGCUCCGUCUGACAGUGGGAUAUAUAAACUCAGCUCCUUCUCAAGACAUAUAACUCUCAUGAGCUACUUUGGUAUUGGCUGACUCCCGUCUUUGAGUUACAGACUGCAGCUGCUAGAAACUGUGGAAACUAACGGAGGGAAAACUUGUUCCCCUCAGCCAUCGCAUUGCCAAACCCGUCUGCCAGGAACUCUGGGAGAAAGGUUACAGCAAAUGUAUGACAACUCGGAGAUGAACAUUUUGGAGGAUUUUUGUUUUUGUUUUUUUUGUACCUCAAGGGAAGAUUAAAAGCCUUUAAUUUGGGAAUCUGCAAACUGGAGUUUGCUUUUCAAAGUGGUAUCUAUGUCUGUAAGCCAUUUCGAGCAAAAUCAGAAAGAAGUGUUCAGGUCAGAAAGCUGCAUUUCUGCCACUGGAUCAGACCGGAUUUUCUUGUUAAACCGACUUGCCUGUUGCUGAUCAGACCAUGUCUCCUGCCUUUAUUCUCAGCAUUGUAAUGGUUUGUCAUUAUGUUGCAUAUCAUUCUGCUUUUUCUAUGUAAAAGAAAUCAGACUGUUGUACUGUACCAUAGUUACAACUCUUACAAAUUAUAUUUCCUGUGGAUAUUAAUAAAACACCAACUUUUUACCAGA